ACCUGGGACGUUCUCACCCUUCCCCCGUGCAUCAUGCUUGGAGCCUCUUCUCCUCAGCACCCUGGACAGAGCUGCAUACCUGAAUCUACCUUGGCUCUCGUGGAAACCCACCCAUCAUCAAGGGACCCCCCCCCUUAUAACAAAGACGCCAGGCUUCUGAAUGCAGGACUCUUGCUGCCUUGCUGAGCGGGGGAAGCGGCGGAUCCCUCCUUCCUCCCUCGCCUCGAUGGCGGAGAAGAGCACGUGCCGGACUUUGAACUCCUCCAUCCACAGUGAGGACCUGCUGAGCGACAUGGAGCUCCUGCCCGCCUCCGUGCCCACCACCCCCGCGCAGCCGGUGCCCCGUGCCCAGUCAACCAGCCCCUUCUCUUCCACGGUGACCACACAGCUCUACACCUCCCUGCACCAGAGCCGGCAGGCCGAGGCUCAGGCCCGCUCCCACCUGGAGGCCCAGCAGGGUCGGAGCCUGGCCAGGGAAGCGGAGGCUCCUGAGGUGGACCUGGAUACCUUGGCGGAGGAGCUGAGCCAAAGGCUGUCGACCAGUGUGGAGGCCAGUGCUUACAGGAAGGGCGGCGCUACCGAGUCCCGCCACAUCACGGAGAUGGAGAACGUGCGCUGCCACUUGCAGAGUAUCCUCCGUAGCUCCAGGGAGCCUGCGCAUGGGGACGGCCUGUCUACAGGAACCUUCGAGCGGAAAGACAGCGACUCGUUCGAGAGCGACAGCACAGCUGCCCUCCUCAAUGCCCGGCCCCUGCAAGAAGUCUCCCCGCCCAGGUCCGUGGCGGGCUUCGAGGACCUGUUCCCCCGCUACACGAGCCUUCGCCAGGUCCAGAUCCGCGAGCCUCUGUCCUACGCUAAUCCCCACCUCCUGAAGGACUCUCUGGACAAGGAGCAGGCCCGGCGGAAGCACUGUGAGCAGCACAUCCAAGCCUUGCAGAACCGCCUCCUGGAGUUACAGCAGCAGCUGGCCGUCGCCAUCUCAGCCGACAAGAAGAAAGACGGCAUGAUCGAGCAGCUAGACAAAACCCUGGCCAAGGUGGUGGAAGGCUGGAACCGGCACGAGGGCGAGCGGACAGAGACCCUCCGAAGGCUGCAAACUGAGAAGGAGGCUGCGGCUCAGGCGCUGGGGAGGCACAAAGAGAAAAUCCAGGAGACCGAAGGGCGCCUUGAAGAAGUCUUGUCCGCCCUCAGUCGGGAGCAGCAAGCAGCCAGCCUGUGUCGCCAGGAGAAGGAGAUGCUGGAGGAGGAGAAGGCCUCUCUGUUCCGUAGCCUGGAGGCCGAGGGUCAGCGGGCGCGCAGCCUGGAGGCGGACUGGGGCCUGGAACGGCGGCAGCAUGAGGCACUGCGGGCCACGCUGGAGGAGCAGCAGCGGAGCUGGGCCCAGCGCGAGAGGCAGCUGGAGCAGCAGAGCCAGGCCCUGCAGGAGGAGAGCCGCGCCCAGCUGGACAAGGAGAAGGCAGCUGCCCAUCGAGAGGCCCAGAAGGCAGCCGAUGCCCAGCGCGUUCUGGCUUCAGUGCAGACAGAAGUACAGGGCUUGGAGAGCGAACUGGAAGCCAUGCGCCGAGAGCGGGACAGUCUGAAGAUGGAGAUGAGCUUGGUCAAGGCCCGCUAUGAGUCCCAGAAGGUAAAGCUGGAGUCGGAGAUGAAGGUGGUGUUGGAACAGCAGGUGACAGAGCGGCUAGCGGAGGUUCACGAGGAGAGCCUGCGCCAGAUGAGCGCCAUGCGGGAGCAGCACAGGAAGCAGCUGCUGGAUCUAGGCAGCCACCACGAGAAAGAGCUGUCCGGCCAGCUGGCUCAAUUUAAGGCUGACCUGGCAGAGAGAGAAGAGCGGCACCGGCAACUCCUCGAGGACUACGAGGGCAGGAUCUCCAAGCAGCAGGAAGAUCUUCGGGAGCUGCAAGCCAGGUGUCGGCGGCUGGAAGCGCAGCGUGCGGAGAUGGUGGGCCAGUUCCAGGCGAUGAUGCAGGCCCACUGGAAUGAGGCUCUGCGUCUCUUUGCCUGCGUCUCUCCGCGGUCGGGCUCCAGGGAGCUGCCACAGGACGCUCCCCCUGACCCAGGCCCCGCUUCGGAACUGGAGCGCCUUCAGCUCUCGGAAUCUCUUAAGAAGGACCAGAAGGCGGGAUCUCUCGGGAGCCUCCAGGACGCCGGGGACUGCAAGGGGGCGGGGUGCCCCCAGGCCGUGCCCCUGCGGCCGGUCGCUCAGCACGGCGCCCCGCAGGGCUCUUUGGGAGGCCCAGAGAAGUCCGGGCUGGGCCCUUACCGGUCCUUCCUGCCCCUCCUCCCCGACAUGGGGCGCCUCUCCUCGGAAUUCAGCCACAUCCUCAACUGCAGCAUCCUCAGCCAGCAGGGCUUCCAGCACCUGGAACCGCAGAUGGACCACACGGGGGCUCUUGGAGGCCUGUCUCUCUAGACAGAGAACUUGGCAGAGCACCCGUUCACCGACGACACCGAGGAGACCAUCAUGGAGGUAGUGGGCAGCGAGGGCGAGACCCCUCAG